AGGGGCAGAGAGGAAGGAAGGGAAGGGAGAGCAGGGGAGGGCGGCAGACACCAACACCUAGGCAGUAACACUCUUGAGUGCGAAGGGGGGAACAGGCGGCUGUCGAUGGGGAGGUCUCUGUGAAGCAGCAGCAGCAGCAGCCUACCUGUUGGAAAUCAGUGCGGGAGACUGCCUGUGCCGGACCCACGCUGAUCGUGGAUCUGCGGGAAACAGCCCUUAACAAUGUCUCCAAGACUAUUACUCUGCGCUGUUCUGGCUGUGUACCAUGGGACGCAAACCUGCAGCGGAUUUAACAUAGAUGAACGGUUUCCUGUGAUCAAAGAGGGGAAAACCAAAGGGAGCUUCUUUGGAUUCUCAGUAGCUCUGCAUCAACAGACGGAAGGCUCCAAAAAAUACCUGCUUCUUGCAGGAGCGCCCAAAGAAAAAGCCCAAUCUCUACAAAAUGUCAAUGAAACAGGUGGUGUCUACUCCUGCCCCAUCACCACAGACACCACUGACUGCUCCAGAAUGGACCUGGUCAGCACAACAAAUCCUUCUUCUGAGAUGGUGGAGGGCAUGUGGCUGGGUGUGACAGUGGCCACUCAGAGGGACCAGCCGGGGGGACGCAUACUGGCAUGUGGGCAUCGGUAUGUGAAGGUCAUCCAAGGUGGCUCAGAGGAGCAGCGGCGGAUGAUAGGGAAGUGCUACGUAAGGGGAAAUGAUCUGACCUAUGACCCAAAUGAUGACUGGCAAACGUACAAUUACGAGGUUUGCAACCCCAACAACAACAUGGAGUUUGAGGGCAUGUGUAACAUGGGCAUAUCAGCUGGCAUGACAGACACUGACGUCUACAUCGGCUCCGCAGGCAGCUACAUGUGGCAAGGAAAUGUUCAUGUAACAUGGAGAAAUCCAGAUCCAGGGUAUUCUUGGGACUCUAGAGACAAGGACUUUGGCCAGCUGAACAAUCGAUACAGCUAUAUGGGUUAUUCAGUUCUUGAAGAGAAGAAGCUGCUGAGCAGAGACGACUACACAGUAGUGACAGGGUCUCCCAGAUAUGAGUCCAAGGGCUCUGUGAUGUUUGGGACAAAGACUGAUAAUGCCAUCCAACAGACCCUCAUCAUCACCGGGGAGCAAGUGGGCUCAUACUUUGGGGGCAGUCUGGCUGUUACUGAUCUCAACAAUGAUAACUGGAAUGACCUGAUUGUGGGUGCCCCAUUUUACUUUGACCGUAUGAACGAUCAUGGUGGAGCAGUGUAUAUCUUCAUGAAUGAGAAUGGAUCUUUUGAGAAGACUGCCACCAAGGUACUGAAGGGUCCAUCGUCUUCUGGAUUUGGCUUGGCAGUCGCUGCCAUUGGUGAUGUCAACCAAGACGGAUUCCAAGACUUUGCAGUGGGGGCUCCUUUCCACGACACAGGAAAGGUCUACAUAUGGAUGGGAUGUAAAGAGGGAAUCUUAGAGAAUCCCAGUCAGGUGAUAGAGGGUAAGACAGUAGAUAAUGGUGGAUUCCAUACCUUUGGCUACUCAAUCAAUGGAGGGAUGGACAUGGAUGAGAGCGGUUACCCUGACAUCUUAGUUGGUUCCCUGGAUGACCGCAUUGCCUUGCUCAGAGCUCGACCAGUUGUCCACUUAAAUACGGUCUUCAAUGCUAUGCCUAAGAUUGUGGACCCUAACCAGUGUCCUGGAAAUACACCAUGCAUUACAGCAACUCUGUGUAUGUCUUUCACUCUGAGCAAUGGAAACAAAGACCUCAAGAAAAAUAUCACGGUGAAGUACACAGUGGAGGCAGACACGGAAAGGAGAAGAAGCCCUCGAGUUCGUUUCCAGAGCAAUAAUGAUGACACCUAUACCGGUUUGCUGAGCUUGCAAUCCUCCAAAAGCACAUGUUCUGAGCUAAAGCUGUUUGUAGUGGCUCCUGUGAGGGACAAACUGGAGUCAGUGGUCUUUUCCCUCAACAUAUCCUUACACGAACAAAAGCCUAAAUCCAGACGCUCCUUGCAGAACCUGGACUCCUUCCCAGUUCUGAGCCAGGGGCAGAAACUCACUCAAAAAGAUGAGAUUGAUUUUCAGAAGGAGUGUGGCUCUGAUAACAAAUGUUCCAGUAACCUGCAGCUGACUGCCAAGUUUGUUGACGAUGAUGAUAAGCCUUACCCCAGGGACAAGCUGGGUUUAACCCAGGUGCUUCAGUUCAAUACCAAUAUGAAGAUCAUAAGGCUGAUGGUGGAGGUGACUAACAUCCCUACCGGGGCGAGGUUGGCCGAGGAUGCUCAUCAGGCCAUGCUCAAUGUCACCAUCCCUGAAGCGCUGACAUACUCUGGUGUCAGGUCAUCGGACCACGAUGUACAAUGCAGUCUUGAUACCACAGUGAUCUGUGAGCUGGGGAAUCCACUUAAAGGCAAUGAAAGGGUGUCACUUGUCCUCAAGUUUCAGACAACAGGGAUUGAUUUAUACACACAAGAGAUUAACUCCCAGCUACUUCUGUCCACUCUCAGUGAACAGAGUGACCUGAGGCCUGUGCCUGUGGCCCUGAUGAUUGAAAACACCAUUCUCCCCACCUUCUCCUUAGCGAACGCCUUGGUGCAAACAAAAUUCGGCGGGACAGUGAUGGGCGAGUCAGCUAUGGUAAACACCAGUGACGUGGGCAGUCUGGUGGAGUUCACCUUCAAAGUGAACAUGAGGGGACAGCCCCUCGGAAACUUGGGGACCCUGGCUGUGGAGUUUGAUUGGCCCUAUGAGGUAGCCAACGGCAAGUGGCUGCUGUACCUGACGAAGAUUGUCGUUAUGGGGGACUCAGAGAUGGAAUGUAACCCUCCUGACUCAGUUGUCAACAAUCGGAACCUAACUUUGUCGGGGAGCGGACCUAAGCGUACUAAGCGGCAGAUUGUGGUGGAUGAUGGUCAUGAUGAGACACAGCCCCACAUUGAGCCGCAGGCAGCCAUCACAUUGGUCACGCAUCGAAAAGAGACCCACUUGUUGGAAUGCUCAAAGGGAACAGCGAAAUGCGUGAAGUUCAGCUGCCCACUGCUCAACAUGACGGAUUCAGCCAAGAUUUAUGUCCGGUCCCGUUUGUGGAGUACAAUGUUAGAGGACUAUUCCAAUGCUCUGCGAGUUACAGUCAGAGGUCAUGCCACACUGAAGCUCAUAAAAAAUACAUCAAACAUCAAGAUGGAAAAUCAGACCAUCAUGUUCACAGUAGAAAUAGAACCAGUGGAGGGAGUGGAGACACCCUAUGAGCUCCCGCUGUGGAUCAUCAUCUCAGCAGCAGUAGCAGGAAUUUUACUACUAGGAAUCAUCAUUCUGAUACUAUGGAAGUGUGGCUUCUUCCAGAGGGCCAGCAGGAGGGAAAUGUAUGAGGCCAAGGCGCAGAAGGCUGAGAUGAAGAUCCAGCCCUCUGAGACAGAGAGGUUGACUGAGGACUACUGAGGCCCACCUGGGUCCCCAAACAGCACACACCAGUGGGGCUUUUGGCUUGGAUUCUUUAAGCGAGCCAUCUACUACCGGAUAAUGCCAAAGCACCAGGGGGUGAAAAUUCGCAAGGCUGAGCGCUAUCAGUUCAAUCUGGGAUUUCAGCCUGAGGAGCCGCAGAAAAAGUAUUGGAUCACCAACUGGACAGAGAUGCAGCAUUACUACUACUGAGGCCUUUACUUUGAACCCUGAACCACUCAACAUCACACUGGCACAGGCCAAACAAAGAGCACUGGGCUCAGCUGAGCCACAUGGACUUUACAGCGCAUGGACCAACUGUG